AUGAGCGCGGCAGACGAGCUCAAGGACAAGUUGAAAGACCUCACAGAAGUGUACGAGGAAAUUGCAAAAAAGGGGGCAGAAAACCAGGGAGACUCCGCUGACCAUGGUGAUAAAUCUAGUGACAAUGAGGAUGGGCUUAUAAAAUCUCAUAUUGUGAACUAUCCGCAUCGUCGUUAUUAUUUGGACUUGAAAAAGAACCGCCGGGGCUAUUUUCUUCGUCUAACUAUGAUUUCAACCUCGGCGCGAAUAAAAUUGGCGGUACCAGCAGAAGGAAUGCGAGAUUUGUAUAAUUCCAUUUGCGAUCUCCUAAAGACCUGGUGGAAUCAAGCUCCAUCCUCUGAAGAACAAAAAGGUAGUGCCUGGCCUUACUAA